AAUACCAACGUGAGCAGGAGAAACUAAGGGAAGAGUGGCAAAGAGCUCAGCAGGAGGCUGAGAGAGAGAAUGACAAGUUCUUGAAUGAGGAGCUGAUGGUCCUGAACUCAAACAUCACAGCUCUGACCACACGGGAGCCUACUGUUGCCACCUUGGAAGCCACCUGGGAUGAAGGGUCCAAGUCUUCUGACAGGGAAGGAACCCGAGCAGGAGAAGAGGGGAGGAGACAGUGGCACGAGGAAGGGAUGAUUGAGGACCAAAGAAAGAAGCUGCAGGAACAACUUACUAUUGAGAAAGAGAGGGAACUGAAGGAGCAACAAUAUGAGGAAGAGCAGGAGGAGAUGCGGCGCCAGGCUGAGGCUGAGGAGCAGAAGCGCUACGCAGAAGAACAGAAGCGCCAGGCCGAGGAGCAGAAGCGCCAGGCUGAGGAGCAGAUGCGCCAGGCAGAGGAGCAGAUGCGCCAGGCAGAGGAGCAGAAGCGUCGCACAGAAGAACAGAUGCACCAGGCAGAGAGAGAGAGGGAAACGUCAGUCCGAAUAUACCAGUAUAGAAGGCCUGUUGAUUCCUAUGAUAUACCAAAGGGAGAGGAAGAAUCUUCAGGUUUGCUUCCUAGUGACAGGUGUGUAGAACAUUUCAUUGUAAUUUG